CAUCAUGCACAACCCACUUGGACUCGGUUGAAAAUUUGAAAUCUCGUUCUUCUUCAUCUCGACUCAAAUUUUCGUUGAGUCCAUCUUUUUGUUUGUUCCAAAUAUUCAUCUUUCCCGCUCGGAUUGGGAAUUCCGAAUUCGAUUCCAUGUCUACAGUACAACGGGAAGAUGACGAGGAAUGGGAACUAAUAAACGACGAUGGCUUUGUAUACAAGCGCAAGAAGCGGCCACGCCUCGACCCCACCUCCUCCGCCGCACCUCUGCAGCCGCCAGAUCCGGCUGUGGAAGAGAAAAACCGUCGUCGGAGGAAGAAAAGGGCUCUCCUCAAACUCAAAGACAAGUAUUUGAAAGAAAUCCGCCAGUGGGAGCUUUUGUCGAACACAAUGAAGGAAAUGCAAGAAAACGCCAAUGUACAAAUGCAAAAGCGUCGAGAAGUGGAUUCCACGAGACGUUUUGACGAAGCCAGUAGUUCAAUUUUACCGUCGGCACAGUCCACGUCGGGUUCUACCCACCGGCGACUCAUUGACGAUCUCUUCUCUCAGGCUGAGGCACAAGAGGCGAUAAUUCGAGACGUCUCGAAUCUGUGCGAUUUAGCAGAAGCAUUGUGCAGUGCCCAAGAAGAGAGAUUGAAGCAGCAAUUCACUGACCUUCCGAUUUGGGAAUCAUCGCCACGCGAGCUCAUUGAAGCAUUAACUAAACAGUAAUAGGUUUGUUCUAGGAAUUUGUAUCAUCUAUCCAAGACAAAUGUUUCAACCGUAGGUGCAGUUAGGGUUUGUGAUUGAUCUUUUUCAAGAAUUUUGUUGCCUGUUCUUGUGCUUACAAAGGCUGCAAAGAAAUGGGGGGAGUGAGAUGAGAUAUUUGUAUUUUGAUAAAGUUAUUUUGUAAAUUUGAGAUGAAAUCUGGGAUUCCAAAUCGCUA